AUGCAUUUGUCACUGGAUACCAUGAACAUGGUGGACGACGGCUGUCUCUCACCCAGCAGCUUUCAUGAGAUGGUGAAAGUAGGAGGCGGGGCGGGGGGCACUCGCGUCCACAGCAUUGACGUCAUCUUGGGCUUCAGCAAGGACCAGGAUCCCCUUCUCAACCCCCCUGGACAUGCCACAGCCCCAAAGGUUGGAGUGGACAGUCUGGGGGACUCAGGGAAGCAGAACCAGCAGUCCCAUCACUAUGGACACCUUUCCUCUCUCAGAGACACCCCAGACCACCCCUCAUUUCAUGACACCGAAAUGUUCUCAAACAAGUGCGAGAGUGACCUGGGCGACCUUCGGAAAACCGUGGAGAGUGAGGGGAAGUCCCCGGAGCCGACGGACGAGGAUCAGCCGAAGAAGAAGCACCGUCGUAACCGAACAACCUUCACCACCUACCAGCUCCACGAGCUGGAGAGGGCUUUUGAGAAGUCCCAUUACCCUGACGUGUACAGCCGAGAGGAACUGGCCAUGAAAGUCAACCUCCCAGAGGUCCGAGUUCAGGUUUGGUUCCAGAACCGUCGAGCCAAGUGGCGACGGCAGGAGAAGAUGGACGCGAACACCAUGAAGCUUCACGACUCGCCCAUGCUGUCGUUCAACCGGCCGCCCAUGCACGCCAACAUGGGCCCCAUGGCCAACUCGCUGCCCCUUGACCCCUGGCUGCCCUCUCCGCUGUCCAGCACCACUCCCGUCCACAGCAUCCCCGGGUUCAUGGGUCCAACCCAAGGUCUGCAGACGGGAUACCCGAGCCACGGAUUCCUCAACACCCCGCAGCCAAUGGCGCAGCCGAUGCAGCCGAUGGCCCCUCCCCCUUACCAGUGUCCCCCAGGCCUCACUGAUAAAUACCCUCUGGAAGACGUGGAUCAGCGUAGCUCCAGCAUUGCCUCUCUGAGGAUGAAAGCCAAGGAACACAUUCAGUCUAUGGAUAAAACCUGGCAACCGAUGUGA